CUGACUUAUGCACUUUACCACGACCUUCAUGCUGAUCCAUGGCACCCCUUGCCUCUUCAGGGAGCUGUUCUUCUGACUACUUUUCCGAAGAUGACCCUUCAUUUCUCCAAGCAUUAGAAGAAACAGUACUCCCUGGAGACAUCGAGCGGAAAUCACCAAACAACGAUGAGCUAGAAUCUGACGAUGAUUAUGGAGCGCUACCGUUAUCCCAGCCUUGCCUAAAGAGACGAUACUUGUCGUCUUCAGACGACGAGCAGGGGAUCCAACACAAAGACUCGGGAGAUGACCCAUUCGAACCUCCGCCGCUGACUCAACCUUGUUUGAAGCGCAGAUCUGACGAUGGCUCUCUGUCCGACAUCGAUGAGGGCGAUGGAUCUUCGGCGAAGACGUUGCCUACGAAGCGCCGUCGCGCCGGACAGGAUGACGACGCAAUAUACGGACCGUCACAUUUUGGAGAUUUUGGGGAAUAUAUGCACAGGAAACGAGCAAAGCUGCAGAUCCAGAACUCGGAGUUUGAAUCCAACGUUGGUUGCAUCUUCAAGGGAUUGGCGAUUUACAUUAAUGGGUGGACGCAGCCAUCUGUACAGGAACUCCGGCAACUGAUUGUCAAGCACGGUGGAGUUUUCCAGCCAUAUCUCGACAAGAAAUCUAUUGUUACGCACAUCUUAACAUGUUCCCUUACUCCUGCCAAGCUUCGCGAGUUUAAGAAUAUGAAGGUUGUGCAACCGAACUGGAUAGUGAAAAGUGCCGAACAAGGCAUCCUUCUUCCCUGGCAAGAUUACGUGUUCUCCGCAUCUGAGCGAUUGGAUGGCACACAAGGGCCAAAGACAAAUCAGCAGCUACUUCCGACAGUCUCGCGGCCUCUUCCUACCUUGUCUAAAACUGAAGCAAACACGUCUACACUCAACCUUCCCUAUUAUGCCUCCCAUACAUCCAAUCCUCUGGCUGAGCGUGCCAUGGCUCGACCAGGAUGGCGAAAUGCGCAUACAUCAGUUGCACCGGAUUUCAUUGAAGGAUACUAUAAGAACUCGCGACUUCAUCACCUAUCCACCUGGAAAGCAGAGCUCAAGAAUCUCGUAAAGGAGGCUCAAGAACGUGCAGAAUCUGGCAACGCAACAAAAGUAGGCUUGGAAGAAGAUCCUGAGACCACCGGUGGUGUAAGCAUGCGGGGUGCCGAGUUUGUUAUCAGAUCCCCCUCAAAGAAAGGCAAGGGGAGGGCCGAGCUGGAGGAACGAGUCAUCAUGCACUGUGAUUUUGACUGCUUCUUUGUGUCUGCCGGGUUGAUAAACCGCUCACAGCUCCGAGGGAAGCCUGUGGUCGUUUGUCACUCUCAAGGAGACCAAGGAGGUGGUUCUAGCACCAGCGAAAUUGCGAGCUGUAGCUAUGAAGCACGAGAUUUUGGGAUCAAGAAUGGGAUGAGCUUACAACAAGCGCGCAAACUAUGUCCAACGAUCAUCACAAUCCCCUAUGAAUUCGAAUUGUACAAGCAAUUUUCUUUGCGCUUCUACACUGUCUUGAUGACUCAUGCUGAUGACCUUCAAGCGGUAUCAGUUGACGAAGCCUUGAUCGACGUGACGAGUAUCGUUAAUCGCUUAAGAGCCAAGGCAAAGGGCGUGGUUGACCCGGCGAAGGAGCUUGCGGAGACUAUUCGUGCUGAAGUGAAGAAGUCUACGGGAUGCGAAAUCAGUAUUGGGAUUUCAUACAACAUACUUCUCGCCCGACUCGCUACCCGUCGAGCCAAACCCGCUGGAUCUUACCACUUGCUGCAACAUGAUGUCGCAGAGUUCAUAGCCUCGCUGGAUAUAUCCUCUCUUCACGGAUUUGGUUCUUCAGCGAAGCAAAAAGUCGUUGACAAAUUCGGCGUUAGCACCCUUGGUGAAUUAGUGACGAAAAGCAAAGUUGCAUUGUGCGACGUGCUAGGAAAAGGUACCGGAGAAACGCUCUAUAAUGCCAUUCGGGGUGUGGAUGACAAGAAAUUGGAGUCCGACAAGGCCAGAAAAUCGGUGUCAUGCGAGAUUAACUAUGGCAUCCGAUUUGAGAAUAAUGAACAGGCAGAAACCUUUAUCCGCCAGAUGGCCGUGGAGGUAACGAAGCGUCUUAACGAUGUCAGUAUGUUGGGUCGUUCCAUGACCCUCAAAAUAAUGAAACGGGACCCUCAUGCUCCCGUAGAGCCUCCCAAAUUUCUCGGACACGGCGCUUGCGACGUUUUCAAUAAACAGGGCCCUCUUGCGGACCCGUCCGGUCGUGCGACCAAUGAUGAGAAUGUCAUCGGUGAUCACGCCUGGCGAAUGCUAAAGUCACUUAACUUCGACCCGAAGGAGCUACGCGGAAUUGGAAUUCAGAUUCAAAAACUCGAGUCGAAAGAUGCUGCCGUCAAUCCUGGUCAAAAGACCUUACCUUUCCUAGUUGAGAGUAAUUCUAAGAGAGAUCCGCCUCGCCCCGUCGAACAGCCGCCCCCGGUGGAACCUCCACCACAAGAGACUAGAGCCUCUGUCCCAUCCUGGGACCUGCCUUCAUUCUCCCAAUUAGACCAGUCGGUUUAUGAUGCUCUUCCAGAGGACAUCCGAGGAGAGCUGGACCAGGAAUACAAGCGUCGUUCCGAGUCUCCAUUUGUCCCUCCUCCUCUUCCUCCACGUAGAUAUCCUACGGUGUACGUGCCUUUUCUCGGUUCUCGUGCUAGAACUAUCCCGGUGCCCUCGCUUCUCCCCCAGCGGCCCAAUGUCAAUGUUAGGCAUAUCACCCAACAGCUCGCCCCUCGCAAUCUCCCGGUGUACUCUUCCAACAAGAAGAGAACUAGCUUUUUUGGAAAGCGUAUGGGUAUGGGGACGACAGCCAGGUUUCGCAUGACGGAUGAUGACUUGCGGAAUUUUGACAUCGAUCCAGAGGUGUUUUUCGCGCUGCCAAAAAAUGUGCAGAGAGAGCAACUGACGAGGGCGAGGCUGUUGAAGCAGGAGGGAGGGAUACCCGAAGUUUCUGAUGAACACAAGAGUUUGAGGCCGCGUAAGAGGCUAUACUCGCUCGACGGGAUUUAUCGUGCACCUCCGCCGCAGGCAAAGUAUCCAGAAGUGCCUGUUUUGAGACAGCGUGGGAAGGAGAAGGGUGAGAAGCUCUGUUUCACAGAGGCAGAUGAUAUACAGAACAUCCUCGAGGCCUGGGUGACGCGGUUCACCAAACGUCCUCCAAAUAAGAAGGACGUGGAGUUCUUCUCCAAGUUUUUGGUGCGGAGUGUGGACUGUGACACAGCGUCGGGAGUAGGAGUUGAAAAGGCUAUCGCAAUUGUUAAGUGGUGGCUUGUGCUGCUGAGAAGGAAUUGGCGGGAUUUUGAACAUGAGACGUUUGAAGCUCAUGAGCACGAUUCAGAAGAGACGCGUACUAGGCGGGCUGUUGCAGAAGCGUGGUGGCAGAUGUUCAGGAAUGUCAAGGAAGAGAUGGACGUUGUUGCACGGAAGAAAUUUGGUGGGAAGUUGUCGUUGAGGUGA